UAUCGCUGGCUGAACGUAUAUAAUUACAAUUGCAACUGAUUAACGUAGUAGGUGGUACUUGUCGGCCAUUGUUCCAUAGAAGGCAGUCGAUUGAAAUUGGAAUUCGGCAAUCAUGCUCUCCCCAAGACUUGUUAUUCAAUAUCCAAAGGUUAUCAAGCGCAACAUUGGAAUAAUGGCGCCCGUCAUGCAAAAGGUAUCAGACCCAAUCCAACAGCUCUUCCUGGAUAAAAUCCGGGAGUACAAAUCCAAGAGCUCUGGCGGAAAAAUGGUUGAUCCAACUCCUGAACUGCAAAAGGAAAUUAAAUCAGAACUGGAGAGGCUUGCCACGCAAUACGGUGGUGGCCCAGGUGUAGAUAUGACCAAAUUCCCAGCAUUCAAAUUCGAUGAUCCGCAAGUUGACAUCGAAGCAGGUUCCAAAGCCAAAUAAAUUCUAUUAAAAUGCACUCAAAAUCAGUAGGAAAAUACAAAAAAUUAAAUAAACUUCAUAAAAAUAUGACUUGUAAACUAAGAGAAUAACAGAGAAAGUUUAAGAUAAUGAA